UCUCUAUCAUCUCAACCUUUGGUCUCUUCAGUUCAUAGUUGAUACAAAUGAAUUCUAUAUCGCAACUUAGGCGGAGGCAGCACUCUGGAAACCUACACAUCUUUCCCACAGAAAGAUACUCUGACCAGCUGGUUGGAAGGAGAGGUGGGCUUAUCUCAGCGGCCGGGAAGUUAACUUCACCGUGGAAGAAUGGUGUGACCCGGAAGUUAACAAAGCUAUUGCUCAAUGUUCAUAUAGAAAGAAGUUUGGGGCCUGUCCACGUGGUGACUUCGCCAGAGAAUACAGUGAGCGAUUUGAUUAAGGCAGCCAUUGAUAUUUACUUAAAGGAGAAGAGGAGGCCGCUGUUGAAGCACACCCAUCCUCAGUUUUUUGCCCUUCAUUACUCCCAGUUCUGUUUGGAGAGUUUAAAGGCAGAUGAGAAGCUGAGUAAUUUGGGGUCAAGAAAUUUCUUUAUGUGUUCAAAGCCUUAUUCCAGCUCUGUCAAAUUAUUUUGGUCGGAGCAAGCAAAAAUGUCAAUCAACUCAACAUUUCCAUCGACAAAAUUCAUGGAUUUCUUGCUGUAGCUAGAUAGAUUUUUCAGUUAGUGAUCAUCUUCAGACUCUUAACUUGUAUAUCCUACAUUAACUAAAACUCAAUGUGAAUUA